CGCCGGAGCCAAAUUGGUCCGAAUUCCUUCCGUCUUAAUUGCCGGCAAAUAAAAGCUGCAAGCUAAAACCCUGAAAAUUUUAGAUAGGUAGGUUGAUCGCGAUCGAAAUGGUGAUGUGGUUGUCCCUCUCCGUUCGUAGGUUUCGGCUUCGACCUUCUCCAAUCUCCGUCCUCUCCAUUCUCUCAGCUUACCCGUCAUCCUCCUCCCAUCGCCAAAACCCUAGUUCCGACGGCGAUAACUUUGAGCAUAGUCGUCUUACCACGCUAGGUACCCUUGGUGCCCCAACACCCCUUUUUACCAGUCGGAGAGCGCUCGAUGUGCUUAGCUGUUAUAAGUUAUCCCUGGCCUCCAUUUCCAGCUCCUCAGGAACGGUGGAGAGCGGUGGAAACCAACGGCCGGAAGGGGGAGGGAAAACGCAGCCUACCAAAUCGUCUUCUUGUUGGAUUCAGACCUUCCUUCCAGAGUCCGUGCAACCUUAUGCUCUGCUUGCUCGUUUGGAUAAGCCCAUUGGGACUUGGUUGCUCGCUUGGCCUUGCAUGUGGUCUAUUACAAUGGCAGCAGCCCCAGGAGAAUUCCCUGAUUUGAAGAUGUUGGCAUUGUUUGGAUCUGGUGCGGUGCUCCUUCGAGGUGCUGGUUGCACAAUAAAUGACCUCCUUGAUCGUGAUAUUGAUAUCAAGGUGGAGCGUACAAAGAGCAGACCUGUUGCCUCUGGCAUAUUGACACCUUUCCAAGGGCUAAGCUUUCUUGGUCUUCAACUAUUACUGGGUUUAGGCAUUCUCUUGCAGCUCAAUAAUUAUAGCCGUAUUCUUGGAGCAUCUUCGUUACUUCUGGUCUUCUCAUAUCCUCUUAUGAAGAGGCUUACUUUCUGGCCUCAGGCUUAUCUUGGUUUGACCUUCAACUGGGGUGCUUUACUGGGAUGGGCUGCAAUUAAGGACGGUUUAGAUGUAGCAAUUGUUCUCCCAUUGUACUGUUCUGGUGUAUGUUGGACACUUGUGUAUGAUACAAUAUACGCGCAUCAGGACAAGGAAGAUGACCUGAAAGUGGGUGUGAAGUCAACAGCAUUAAGGUUUGGAAGUUCAACAAAAGGCUGGAUCUCUGGAUUUGGGGCUGCUUGUAUCACUUGCUUAGCAGUAAGCGGAUAUAAUGCAGAGCUUGGACAGCACUGCCUUAUUAUCCAUUUCUAGUUGCUGCGGCUACACAAUUGGGAUGGCAAAUUAUGACCGUAGACAUAUCAAACAGGGAAGACUGUAAUAAUAA